AUGUCUUCCCAUCGUCGAGAGAAAGGAAAAAAAAGGCAGACAACGGAAGGUGCUCCAAGCCAUGGAUCACCAAAUAGAUCUUCACACCAUGUCAGAAACACUGAGGUAAGAGAUCGUCAACAGAAUAUUGUCCAGCCAGCGCCGGCACCAGCGCCAGCACCACUAUUACAGCACUACACAGAAGGAUACGAUGAAGUCGAUAAUUCCCCUUACUACCAGGGGCAGUACCAGAAGCAGGAUGACGUUGCAGCAGGACCGGCUCCCAAGUCUGAUGCGCCGCCGCCUGUGUAUCAAGGAUCGUCUUUUGGUACUGGAGCCGUUUCUUACGCGGAAACAACAACAACUGAGGCAUCAGCCUCGUCUGGAAACAACUUUCAAGAUCAAAAUGUGCCUGAUACAACAUCCUUCAAAGAUAUUUAUGAAGUAGCUGGUCUGGGUUACCUGAAGCCGCAAGUGGAAAAUAGAUCUUUUACACCAAAUAGUUCUGAUUAUGCCAUGCUGCCGACUCAUCCAAAUACUCCCAGCAGGCUUACAGAUACGUCCGCAGCUAGUUAUCAGGACGUAAUGACAAGGUUUCCCGCUAGCGUGUUUACGUACAAAGAGCAAGGAGAACUUCCCUAUGGGGUUGACGACUAUCCAGCUAACUGGAAUUCAGGAGAUGAUCCCAGUUUCAAAAGUGAAGGCCAAGGCCCUGUGGCUGACUUAUGGGCUGGUGUUUACAGGACUGAAGAAGAAAUGGGAAUCUGUUGCCUGUUUGAUCAUGUGGAUUUUUAUCGACUAAUGUACAUUAUUACGACUUUGAGUUCAACUGUCGAUUGCAUUCAAGAUAAUCAGACGUGUGUAAGGAUGGCAACAGAAAUCCUCAACAGUGCUGGUAGACCGUAUGGAUUUAACAUUGUAAGUCAUUUACGGCCAAAAGGUGGCUUCACUGUGGAGCAAGUGGGAGGGCUUCUCCGCAUUAUGUCCGAUAGAAGCAACAAAAAUCGUGCUGCAGCAGUUGGGCGCAUAAAUGGAUGGCUGAAAAUCAAUAAUAGCCGGGUUCAGGAACGCGAAAAGCAGAAGAUAAGAGAAAGGGAAGAACAGGCAAGGAAAAGCAAAGAUAAUAAGAAGCAUCGCAAGAGUUCUAAGCAUAAGAGUCCCUCGCCUACGAGUUCCACGCCUAAGCCAUAUCCAUACUGGUCUCCCAAGAAACUCGUAGCAGGUCUGCCAGAAGCUAUUAUGCGUUACUUUAACUACGAUUAUCAAACUGCUGUUGCGGAUAAAAGGCUCUGCUGGCACUGGAGAAUUGACUAUUUCCUCUACCGCGAGAAAGGAGACGGUGACCGACUCAUCUGGCACUUACCACAAACCUUUAUAUCCCCACCACCAGUACCUCCUGAAGCUCAUUUUUGGACCAAUAUAACUGCCGAGCAAGCAGAAUACGACCACCAAGAAUAUAUCCAGAAUGAUCCAGAAGAACUGAACUUUGCGGGGAAAAGACUAGAGCGAUUGGGUUGGGGAGAGUCGAGUAUACAGGAGGCAGAAGGGUUAGCACUAGAGGAGGAAAGAUGGCGCCGCAAACAAGAAAAGGGAAAAAGUGCCAAUGUCAUCACCGUAAAACCUGGAGUAUCAUCAUCUAAACAUCCACAUCCAGAGACAAACAGCUCGGAUUCUCAAAAACAUACAACGAGGGUUCAAUAUAUGGGCAAAGAUGGUAAAAUUCACUACAAGCGGGGGACCCAGUGA